UUCCAUGGACAAUAUUAAAAAAGAAAGUGUAAGCGAAAGUUUUUGUGAAGAAGUAAUUGAUUUGACAAUCAAUUCUUCUUCAGAAACUGAUUUUCCGGUUAUUGAAUUAGACGAUUUGGGC